GACAAGCUCGGGAUUGCUGCACGGAUGGGACUUAAAGGGGUGUUAAGACAAUCGUACUAUGGGAAAAACUAUUCUCUCAUCGAGAUGAACACGUUUGAACCCUAUCCGGACUAUUAUCUGACGUUGCUCUACAAGAGGCUGGUCGGGUACAAGGUGCUGUCUGUACAGACCAACUCAACCGACAGUUUAAGAGUCUACGCCCACUGUGCCAGACGAGACAGUCUCUACAGAUAUCAACCAGGUAGUGUUGUAGCUUAUAUCGUCAACGUCAACAACUUCACCACCACCGUCACCUUCCCUCAGUUCAAGGCCAACAUGGAUGUCUUCUGGCUCAGUCCAGAAUUCCCAGAUCUUACUUCUAGGAAUGUGACUCUUAAUGGUAAACGACUGGAUUAUGUGAACGACACCAUCCCCGAAAUGCCCCCUGAACGAGCGUAUGGUGGGAGCCUCCAGCUGCCAGCCACGACCUUCGGAUUCGUUGUGUUCCCUGAUGCUGAUGUGGAUGUCUGCAAGUGAUGCUGACUGGUAGUUUUGAUGUAAUAUGUAGCGAACUAAAACAAAGUUCCAUUGCAA